AUGUUGUUCAACUACCAAUCUUUGCUCGUGGGAGUCUCCCUGGUCUCUCAAGCCCUUUCUGCGCCUAUUUUGGAGUCGCGGGCAACCGCUGCCGCCGCCGCUUUCCCUGAUUUGCACCGUGCAGCAAAGCUUGCUUCCGCUGCCUAUACAGGUUGCAUUGGAAAAGCCUUCGAUGUCACUAUUACCAAGAGGAUUCAUGACUUCCUGACCGACACCAAUGGAUUCGUUGGAUACUCCACUGAGAAGAAAACAAUCGCGGUCAUCAUGAGGGGCUCGACUAGCAUCACCGACUUCGUGAACGACAUUGACAUUGCUCUCGUCACCCCCGAGCUUUCGGGUGUGACUUUCCCUUCAGAUGUGAAGAUCAUGAGAGGUGUUCACAGACCUUGGUCCGCUGUACACGACACCAUUAUUACUGAAGUCAAGGCGCUCAUUGCGAAGUACCCGGAUUACACUUUGGAGGCAGUCGGACAUUCCCUAGGUGGUGCCCUCUCAUCCAUUGCCCACGUUGCUUUGGCCCAGAACUUCCCGGACAAGUCACUCAUCAGCAAUGCCCUUAACGCCUUCCCCAUCGGGAACCAGGCGUGGGCCGACUUUGGUACUUCGCAGCCCGGUACCUUCAACCGCGGAAAUAACGCUCUUGACGGCGUUCCAAACAUGUACUCGACCCGGCUUGUCAACUUCAAGCACUACGGAACCGAAUACUACAGCUCUGGCACCGAGGCUAGCACCGUGAAGUGCGAAGGCCAGCGCGACAAGGCUUGCUCCGCCGGCAAUGGCAUGUACGCUGUUACCCCCGGUCACGUCGCAAGCUUUGGCGUUAUAAUGCUUACUGCUGGUUGUGGCUAUCUGAGCUAA